AGAGAGAAAGAGAGAGAAAGAGAGAGAAAGAGAGAGAAAGAGAGAGAAAGAGAGAGAAAGAGAGCGCAAGAGAGCGCAAGAGAGCGAGGACUUUGGUAGCCCAGUCAUAGUCAUAGUGAGAGUGAGUGCACGCGAUUGAGGCAAGAGGAGAGAAAUCCAAACUGACACGAGCAGGCUCCGGAGUAGGGCAUGCUCUACUCGGCUCGAGACGAGUGUAAGAAGGUCACUGCGUAGCUUUGAUGCUAUAUUUAUUUUCAACCAAACUAUAUAUUUUAUAACUAAUCUUAGUCGUGUUUAAACAUGGUUUUACUACUAAUAAAUCGUAUUGUCAACAAGGGAUUUACCAUAGAGCAACUGUGCGUAAAACGGAGUAGCUGGCUGCGAUUUUGGGGGAUUGUGCUUCUCUUCGGCGCGUCGUUUGGAGAUGUGCGCUACUCCGUACCAGAGGAGAUGGAGCGCGGCUCGGUCAUUGGGAACCUGGCUCUGGAUCUGGGGCUGAAAUUAGUUGAGAUUGGUGCACGUCGAGCCCGCAUCGUGGCGGAGGGCACUCGGCAGCUUUGUGAGCUUGACUAUGGUUCGGGUUCUCUGUUGGUCAGCGAGAGGAUAGAUAGAGAGGAGUUGUGCGCGCAGGCAGCUGUCUGCGUCCUACAGUAUCAGCUGCUGCUGGAGGAUCCGCUCAAAGUGUACAGUCUUGUUUUGGACAUUCAGGAUAUGAAUGACAAUAGCCCUGCUUUUGCUACUGGGUUAAUAGAUCUGGACCUGGUCGAGUCGACGGUGCCGGGGAGACGCUUCCCUCUGGAGAGUGCGCAUGACCCUGAUUUGGGAACCAACUCGGUUCGUGAUUAUAAACUGAGUCACAAUGAUCAUUUUGCCUUAGAAAUGAACACUCAAGUGAAUGGAAUAGCAUACCCAGAGCUGGUUCUGAAAAAAACGUUGGACCGGGAGAACCAGGCCGAAUACACUCUGACCAUCAGUGGGGUUGACGGGGGUAAUCCUGCCAGGUCAGGUACCGCGUCUGUUCACAUCCAUGUUCUGGAUGCCAAUGACAACGUCCCCGUUUUCAGCCAGAGGACUUACAGAGCCUCUCUGAUAGAGAAUUCUGCCACGGGCGUUUUGGUGACGACGCUGAACGCCACUGAUUUAGAUGACGGUGCAUAUGGGGAGAUAACCUACUAUUUCAGUCACGUGUCUGACAAAACUAGAGGCAUCGUUGAAAUUGACCCUGUGAGUGGGGAGGUGAGGGUGGCGGGUCAAGUGGACUAUGAGGAGGCGAGUGCGCAUGAACUUGAUGUCCAGGCUAAAGAUGGCGGGGGUCAGGCAUCACACUGUAAACUCAUCAUUGAAGUGAUUGAUGUGAACGACAAUGAACCAGUUAUUGCAGUGAAAUCAGCCACGGCUAUCAUUUCUGAGGAUUCUAAACCCGGUACCAUGGUUGCUCUGCUUAACGUGUAUGACCUGGACACUGGAAACAGUGGUCGAGUCAAGUGUGCCAUCUCAAACGACAUACCUUUCAAGUUGAUAUCAGAGGUUAAGAAUUACUAUAUGUUGGUGACUGAUGGUAUAUUAGAUAGAGAGAUGAACCCACACUAUAACAUCACGGUGACAGCUAUCGACUCUGGUUCUCCCGAACUGUUCAGUAGAAACGUGAUAUCCAUCACAUUGGGUGACGUGAAUGACAACCCACCUAUUUUUACGCAGAGCGAGUACACCGCCAACGUUUGGGAAAACCAACACAGAGGCACGUUGGUGAUAAGGGUGAGAGCCGAGGAUCUAGAUGCAGGACCCAAUGCGAAAAUACUGUACUCUUUAUCAGAAGGCAUGACCCCAGAAACAUUCUCUUCCCUCUCCAUUAACGCGGAGACCGGAGAGCUCUUCACCUCGCGCCCCUUUGAUUAUGAGCAGGCCAGUCACUAUCAGGUAGGAGUGACAGCUCAAGACGGUGGUGACCCUCCUCUUUCCAGUACUUGCACUGUGAGGGUGUUCGUCGGUGACCAUAACGACAACACACCUGUUGUUCUGUAUCCUGUCCAAUCAUCUGGCUUCAUCGCUGAGGACCUGGUGCCACUGGAGGCACCUAAAGGUUACCUGGUUACCAAAGUGCUUGCUGUAGAUGCUGACUCUGGCAAUAACGCGUGGCUCUCCUACCAUGUGGUCAAAGCGUCACAGCCCAACCUCUUCACUGUGGGCCUGCACAGCGGGGAAAUCAGGACUGUGAGGCCAUUUGUACAGCAGGAUGAGCCUAAACAAACUCUUGUCAUCAUGGUAAGGGACAACGGGCCUCAGUCUCUCUCAGCCACUGCCACAGUCAAUGUAGUCAUUGGCGAUGACAUGCCUGUUUUAAACGAGCUUCUUGAGAACACGGACGAUGACUCACAGGCGAGCUAUGACUUGACGCUUUAUUUGAAAAUCGCCCUGGCGACCGUGUCUUCUCUCCUCCUUGUUCUGAUCAGUGCGGUCGUGUACUUCAAGAUGUGUCGACGUGGGUUUGUGUACCGCGCGUCUAGCCUCCCAGUCUUCCCUGCGGCCUACGGCCCCCCGAGAUACGCUGACGUCAGCCGGUGUGGAACUGUCCUGAAAGAUGACCAAUACGACUCCUUUCUGACCACUGGCUCGUGGAAAGGUGACUUCCGUUUCGGGCCCUCCAUAGACACUGACCUAUUGAGGAAAAGCGGCAUGGCCUAUCAAAAAGGCACACUCAGACGCACAAGUCUCAAGGCUCUGUAA